AUGACAGUGUCAUCUUUGGAAAUUCUGCCACUUUCUCUUCUCAAGAGUGCUCGAGGACAACCAAUUUCAGUAGAAUUGACAAAUGGAGAGACAUAUAAUGGGGAUUUGGUUGAUUCCAAUGCACUGAUGAACAUUCAUCUUAGAGGAGUCAUUUGUACUUCUAAGGAUGGAGAUAGACUUUGGUGUAUGCCCGAAUGCUAUAUUUAUGGGAAUACUAUUAUGUGUCUUCGAAUUCCUAAUGAGGGAAAGAAUGCAACUGAUGUGGAGCAAGAAGUGGGAGAGAAUCAGGGCCAGCACAUCAAAAAACGUGGCCAUGAUUUCAGGAAUCUCAGUUAUGACUGA